GGCCCGCGGGCUCAGUAUCUUCCCCUUGGCCCCCCACGGGCGGUCGUGACCCUCACCGCCCUUUCUCUCUCCCUUCCUCCUUUACACCCUUCUUCCCCGCGCCCCAUCCCCAGUCCAUCAGCUGCCGCUGCCAAACGUUUCUGCGCACACAUUCACACACUCACGUUAUCUACAAAUGAAAAGACUGGCCCGGGGAGAUGUGAGCUCAUCUCUUCCCUCUAUGAAUAGGGGUGGUAGUGCGAAACCGAGGCCCAGGUAGAGAAGACUGGAGAGGGGAUUUGAACCCCUUCCCUGGGGGAGCAGCAGGUAGAACCAGGCCUUCUGCCUUCCACUUAGAAGUCCUCUGCCAGGGCACAUUCUUUUGGAUGUGUAGGUCACUUGAGCUGGGCACUGGUUAGCUGUGCGGCCUUCCCCUCUCGGGCCUCAGUUUCUUUUAGUGGAAAAGGAGAGGGUUGAAUGAGGUGAUUUGGAAGGCCCAAAUCUAAGGUGGUUUGGGGAGGAGCAUCGGUAUCUCCUGCCUUUCGGACGCUAUUUCCUCUCCUUUGUUGGCACCUACCUCAACACAGUUCUUGAGUUUCCUGUGCUUCCAGUCUCCCCCGGAGUAGCUAGGAAUCAGAGGGCCCUUUUUGCUUACGUUAUGGGCCUUUGGGGUGAGGGGAUAUUUAACACGGUAGUUUAAAGUGAAAUGUGGCUCAGCCUGGUGUUGCUUUCUGUUUGUUCAACGCCUCCUGUUCUUCCUACUUCCGCAGGAUAGCCCCUGCCUGUGCCUAUAAGAGGCUGCCUCCUUAGGAAGGAUGAGAUUAUGUGUUGGGUAGGCUUCCUCAUCCUUGAGCUGGAGAGAAGUGAAACGUGAUUCAUGUUUGAAAUCACGAGGGGAUCAGUGGUAUCUUUGGAUUUCAUCACUCUCUUGCUGCUGUGACCCAUACUGUAAGCCUGUUCUUGUGCACCUGCAACUCCCCUUUCCUAAGGAAUUGCAGCCCAGCUGAGCACCUACCUGUUUGCUCCUAUUUUUGAGUACUUUCUCUUUUCUGAGUCCUCUUAUAAACAACGGUUGUGUGUAAACCACACUGUAUUCACUUCUACUCUUAAUUGUUCUUUAAUUUGAUCAUUCCUUAAGAUUUCAGGAAUCUCAUAACCACUUCAUUCCAUCUCAUUUUUUCCCCUCAUGCUUGCCUCUCAUGCUUACCCAUGGGCAUGGAUGAUGGUGACAUGGUGCCUUGCCUGUUUCCAUUCUUUUUUGUGGAGCAACAAUGAGGAGGAGAAAUGAUUCAGAAUGCACUGCCCCUCUCAAGAAACAGAAGAAAAGAGUUGCAGAGCUUGCCCUGAACCUCAGCUCUACAUCUGACGAUGAACCUCCCUCCUCUGUCAAUCAUGCAGCAAAAGCAUCCGCUACAAGCCUAAGUGGGUCUGACAGUGAGACUGAGGGGAAGCAACGCAGCUCAGACUCUUUUGAUGAUGCAUUCAAAGCAGACUCUCUUGUGGAGGGAACUUCUUCUCGCUAUUCCAUGUAUAACAGCGUGUCCCAGAAGCUUAUGGCCAAGAUGGGCUUCAAGGAAGGUGAAGGAUUGGGUAAAUACAGCCAGGGUCGGAAAGACAUCGUUGAGGCCUCUAAUCAGAAAGGUCGACGAGGCUUGGGUCUGACGCUGCAGGGCUUUGACCAAGAGCUGAAUGUGGACUGGCGAGCUGAGCCAGAGCCCAGUGCCUGUGAGCAGGUGUCAUGGUUCCCAGAAUGUACCACUGAAAUUCCUGACACUCAGGAAAUGAGCGAUUGGAUGGUUGUGGGAAAGAGAAAGAUGAUUAUUGAAGAUGAAACAGAGUUUUGUGGGGAAGAGCUGCUUCACAGUGUGUUGCAAUGUAAGAACGUGUUUGAUGUCCUGGAUGGGGAGGAGAUGCGGCGAGCUCGGACCCGGGCCAAUCCCUACGAGAUGAUCCGAGGAGUCUUCUUCCUAAACAGGGCGGCAAUGAAGAUGGCUAACAUGGAUUUUGUGUUUGAUCGCAUGUUUACAAAUCCGAGGGACUCUUACGGGAAACCACUGGUGAAGGACCGAGAAGCUGAGCUUCUAUACUUUGCUGACGUCUGUGCAGGCCCAGGUGGCUUCUCGGAGUAUGUGCUGUGGAGGAAGAAGUGGCACGCAAAGGGCUUUGGAAUGACUCUGAAGGGUCCUAACGAUUUUAAGCUGGAAGACUUCUACUCGGCCUCCAGUGAGCUCUUCGAACCCUACUACGGUGAGGGUGGGAUCGAUGGAGAUGGAGACAUCACCCGCCCAGAGAACAUCACUGCUUUUCGGAAUUUUGUCCUGGAUAACACAGAUCGCAAGGGUGUCCACUUUCUGAUGGCUGAUGGGGGUUUCUCAGUGGAGGGACAGGAGAACCUGCAGGAGAUCCUCAGCAAACAGCUGCUGCUCUGUCAGUUCCUCAUGGCGCUGUCCGUUGUCCGGACAGGAGGCCACUUCAUCUGUAAAACCUUUGACCUCUUCACACCUUUCAGUGUGGGGCUCAUCUACCUGCUGUACUGCUGCUUUGAACGAGUAUGUCUCUUUAAGCCGAUCACCAGCCGUCCUGCCAACUCAGAGAGGUAUGUGGUGUGCAAGGGCCUGAAGGUGGGCAUCGAUGACGUGCGGGAUUACCUCUUCUCAGUCAAUAUUAAACUCAACCAGCUGCGGAACACCGAUUCCGACGUCAACCUUGUGGUCCCCUUGGAGGUGAUCAAGGGAGACCAUGAAUUUACUGACUACGUGAUACGGUCCAAUGAAAGCCAUUGUAGUCUGCAGAUCAAAGCUCUGGCCAAAAUCCAUGCCUUUGUUCAAGACACGACACUGAGUGAGCCUCGGCAGGCAGAGAUCCGGAAAGAGUGCCUCCGGCUUUGGGGGAUCCCAGACCAGGCUAGAGUUGCUCCUUCUUCCACAGACCCAAAAUCUAAGUUCUUCGAGCUAAUCCAGGGCACUGAGAUCGACAUCUUCAGCUAUAAGCCCACGCUGCUUACUUCCAAAACCCUGGAGAAGAUCCGCCCAGUGCUCGACUACCGCUGCAUGGUGUCUGGCAGUGAGCAGAAGUUCCUCAUUGGCCUGGGGAAGUCUCAGAUCUACACAUGGGAUGGCCGCCAGUCAGACCGCUGGGUCAAGCUGGACCUGAAGACAGAGCUACCCCGGGACACUCUGCUCUCUGUGGAGAUUGUCCAUGAGCUGAAAGGGGAGGGGAAGGCCCAGCGGAAGAUUAGUGCCAUCCACAUCCUCGAUGUCCUUGUGCUGAAUGGCAGCGACGUGCGGGAGCAGCACUUUAACCAACGAAUUCAGCUUGCUGAGAAAUUUGUGAAAGCUGUUUCCAAGCCCAGUCGGCCUGACAUGAAUCCCAUCAGGGUGAAGGAGGUAUACAGGCUGGAGGAGAUGGAGAAGAUUUUUGUCAGGUUGGAAAUGAAGAUCAUCAAGGGCUCCAGUGGCACGCCAAAGCUCAGCUAUACAGGGCGGGACGACCGGCACUUUGUGCCCACUGGCCUCUACAUUGUCAGGACAGUGAAUGAGCCAUGGACUAUGGGAUUCAGCAAAAGCUUCAAGAGGAAGUUCUUCUACAACAAGAAAACCAAGAACUCUACCUUUGACCUCCCUUCAGACGCCAUUGCUCCAUUUCACAUCUGCUACUACGGCCGGCUCUUCUGGGAGUGGGGGGAUGGCAUCCGUGUGCAUGACUCCCAGAAGCCCCAGGACCCAGACAAGCUGUCCAAGGAGGACGUCCUCUCCUUCAUCCAGACGCACAGCGCCUGAGGAUGCCCACCCCUGCCGAAUGCCCUGUCGUUCCCUGAGCCUGGCUGUGAGGUUGGUGGCCUCCUCUGAAGAGCUCAGUUGGGGCCUUCUGGGACACCUUUUGGAAUUCCCUACCCGGAGCCCUGCCUGGGAACUGUCUCCCCUGCUGGGACUCAGCCUGAAGGAUGCAGCUCCUACAGCACGUUUGAGGUCAGGGCCCAGGGCACAUGGGGCCAGUGGAGGAUGUGUCUGUCAGAGGGCAGCAGGGCUUCGGCUCUGCCAUUCCUUCCUGUAUCCUGUAGACUCACUUUUCUGAGUUCCACACAGUGCCCUGAGGGGGCGGCCAUGCUCCUGCUUUGCCCAACUUUUUAUUGGGCCGACCCUGAGAGGCAGGAGGCCUGCUGUUGUGAGCUGGCCAGGAGCAGCUGCUAUAUAAAUCAAGGUUUUGUUUCUUUGAACUUGCUCUGUUUUGAUGCCAAGUUGGAGAUUUUCUUGUCUCCUCCCCCUACCCUCUCCUGGUCUUCCCUGGAGUUCUUCCCAGCCCAAACCUCUGACCGUCCCGCAGGCCGGGAAGGGAGGCAUGUGGACCCCACAUCUCUGACACCACGUCAGGAUGCAGGUAGCAUUGUCUGGUGGUAGGUGCGACUGCUUCCUGGGGUUGUAGAGCCUUCCUGGGCCUCACCCCUUUUGAUCCAAACCUCGGGCAGCUCUAGAAGGGAAGGAAGCAGCCUUGAAGACCUGCCAUUUUCUAUGCGCCAAACAGUAGUGGCCCCACUGUAACAGAGGUCCUGUUGGGUUGGGUUGCACUCAGUCCUCUGGCAAUCAUGGCACUCCCGUUUGUCCCAGCCACCUUGCCACCCUCCCCCCUCCGUUUUUUCAUCCCCAGCAGGAGGCACAGUUGCUUUUGUUUGUCCUUUUGUGGUCACUCCAUUUCCUCUAUCUUGGCGGGGUGGAGGGGGAAGCUGGGCAGUAGCUUUGGGUGGGGGAGGGAACCUGUGGUUGUUUUUAAUGGGAAAUACCUCUCAGAGAUGCUCCUGUGGGCUCCCUAGGGUCUCAUCCCAGUGCUAGACUGGUUUCCAUGGAGAUAGAGGGCACUGAGGUUCCCCAUGAGGUUGGAAUUGACUCCACCUCAGGGGUCUCAGGCCAGCAUCCCCCAGGCUGUCAGCAGCACCGCUGAGAUGCUGUAUUUCCACCCAAUUCUGGGUAUCAGUGUGUCUUGCAGAAUCUUGGAUCAUUAAAGAUAAACAUAUU